CAAUUUUUUUUAAAGAAAAAAAGCACGGGCAACAGGUUGAUCCACGCACGUACAAAUGCGGGGAAGCCACCCCACAUACCCCUUGGAGGGUUUGCACACUCCCCCCUUCCCCGUUGGCUGGCCAGCCUAUUCGAAUAAGCUGCCUCCCUCUCUCUCGUUUUCUUAGGGAAUAAAAGUAAAAACAAAACAAAACAAAACCCACCCAGCUCGCCACAAAUACACCCAACGUAUCGGGACAGCUUGGAAAGAUUUUUGUCUACACAAAAUGCUAUUUUAUUGCAUUGUCAGGGGUUAUUUCCGUCUUUCCUUCGCUCGGCUUGCCCUCCAAACCAACCAACCCCCCCCCAGCAUUAACCCUUUUGGUUAGCUGGAGGGAAUGCGAAACUGAGAUUUGGCCCCGAGUUUAAUCUCCCCCGUCUCUCUCUCUCUCCCCCGCUCCAGCUUCCUCUCUCUCUCUCUGUCUAAAGAUCUGGCACGGUCUUGCUCUCUUAACUCUCAGAUCAUUGUUCCGGUGGCGGCGGCCAGAAAGAGCAAGGCAGCGCUGUGCUCUCACUUCCUCCUAGCUUCUUUAUAAAAAAAAAAAAAAAAAAAAAAGGGGGGGGGGAAACAUUCCUCGUCCAACUUUUCCUUCAGUUAUUCAGUCCUUCAAUCCCACUGGCGGGCUUUUGCCGAAAACCUACUACACCUCCAGUUUUUGUCCUUGAAUCUUGUUUGACCAUGUCGAGGAAAUGUAUCACCACAAUACGCAGCAUUUUGGCAACAAGAACCUGCUCAGAUCAUCUCAACCCUUCCAGAAAGCCCUACCCUUGUCCAAGGAUGCGAUGAAGUUCUACACACUCUCAGGAUCCCAAAGCCUAUGGCUUCCACGAACUUCUUGCAAAUGUAUUUAAAGAUCUGGAAGAUCAGAGCAGAUGCAUCACUGUCUUGUUAUGUAAGGAAUGAGAGUGUCCCAUCUGAAUGCUGCCAAAUAUGCUUGUCAAGCACAGGCUUUUCAAAGGGAAUGAAAUAUCAUCAUCAUCAUCAUCAUCAUCAUCAUCAUCAUCAACAACAACAACAUCAACAUCAUCUUCAACUAGAGCCAAAGUCACCAUAUUGCCCCCAACAAUCUGGCUCCUCAUUUUACAACCUGGGAAGGAUGAAAAACCGAGUCACCCUUGAGCUGGCAAUGGAUGAUGGAACCCUCUUCUGCUCAGAAAAAAAAAUCAACAACAAAACCCCAUGUAUACAAACUUGAUAUAUGCUAAUAAUCAUAAUAUGCAUAAAAUAUAAGAAAUUGCGUUUUAAAUAGUUAAUCUGCUCUUUGCUGUGAAAAUUCAUGAAGAUAUAUACUGGAGAAUAUGCCUGAAGCACCUGCAUUGUUUUUUUUUUUAAAAAAAUAUUUUGCAUUAAUUCUUAUAUUAGAUCCUUUUUGUUUUCUAGUAACCUGCUGUUGUCUUUUACAACAGGAUACUAGAUUGAGUAAAGAUUGUAUGUUUCUUUGGUAUCAGCUUCUACUUGGAAGACUCAGAGAGAGAGAGAAAAGAAAGAGACAAAAGCGUCAAUUGUUUCUGGGCUAUCAUUGUGUUCUAAUUCUUUUAGUAAAUUCACACAAUAAUAUUUGAAUAAAACCGGAACAAAUUCUACUUGAGAACUGCAUGGAACUAAUGAGGAACAAAGAGACCAUGUUAUACUCUUUGCUGUCUGAACAAUGGCCUUGUUGCUGUUUGAUCUUUUAUUUUGUUGAUUUCCUUCUUUUCUGAAAGAAGCAAGUUAUAUUAUAGUUCAAAGUUCUGUUCAUUGCUUCAAUCCUGACAACCUGUUCUGCAGAUUUAAACAGUUAAUAAAGGAAUCACCAUUUGUCUUCCA